AACUCGCAUAUGUUUUUGACGUUUCGCGCUCUGUGACGUGCAAUUUCGCACGAAAGCGCAGCGAAUUUAACUUCGCGAAUUCGCGUCGUCGCCGUCAUCAUCUCGGGCCGAGGCGGCGGCCGCUUUUUGCCCGCGAAACCGGCCGAUCAUCAUCGAAGGAGACUCGUCGUCGUCCGCGGCCCCACGCGCUAUCCAGUGCGCGACGUGACGUCGACCGGUCGCGCGUGAUGCGCAACGAGAGCGCAAAAAACGGCACGGGAGAAUGGGAAGGAAAGAUGCGGACGAAACGUCGCACGAAAUUGGAACGUGGCGCCUCGUAAUUGCGUAAUAUCCGGGCUGUCACGCUCGAACGAAACGUCAAAUUGCGCGCGCGAGCGUCCCCGAAACACCUGGAUGCCAUCGCUCGCGACGCCGAUGCGCUUCCGAGGCAUGGCACGUGAACGUUAAGCCGAUGACUCGUAAAUAAAAAGCGCGACGCGCAUAUAUUCGCGGUAAAUUUACUCGACGUCACUCUCUCCUUAUCGUGUAUAUUGGUUCCGCGCGAUUGCUCCCCUUCCCCCACGCAGCGGAAACGUCAUUGUCGUUGUUGCUCCUUUUCUGACUUUCGCGUCAUACCAGUGUCUCCGGUUUGAUCGUGGAACGAAGUUCCACCGAGGCUCUUUUCUCGCUGACGUCUAAAGAAUCCUUGUCGCAGAAACGGACAAAAGUCCGAGGCGAGAAAUUGCAGGAUAACGUGAUUCGUUCCCUGAAAUAUCUCGAGAAAUUGUAAAAUUCUUGUGAGUUUCGCGCUGACAUUCGCGCCGAGUGAUAAUAAAUGAUACGCGUGAUGCGGCAAAUUACAGUGUCCUUGCCGUAAGAGAUCGUGAAACGUAAGACACGUGGCUAGAAUAUUUUUACUAGAAGCGAAAUUUAUGAUAGAAUGAUAUUUCGACGACAAACGAAAGCGAUCUCGCGCAAAUGAAAGAAGGAAAUAUGAUGUGAUGUAAAAUUUUGCCGACGAGUGAAAAUAGUUUUACGUGAAAUUCACAGAGUAUAAAGAAGCCUGAAAAUAAUCUAUCGUCAUCAAGCAUCGUAUGAAGAAAAGUUCUGAUAUAGAGAGAGGAAUUCUCUGAUAAAAGAAGUAGGAUAGGAAAUAUGGACAUCGCGACUAACGACGUUCUUCCCGUGCGCUAUAGUAGUGACACGCGUUUUCGAGACACGUUUUGCUACACCGUUGGUCGUCGCGAUUUCAUCGCGACUUAAUGGCGUUUCACGCAACGGUAUCUAACUAAAAAAAGAUAGCUAGAAAGAAAAAGAAAGAGAAAGGACAAGAAAAAGAAAUUCGAAGAAUAUCGAUUAUAGGCGAUCGGAAUCGAACAUCGCGAGAGAAGAAGACUCUCUUAUCAUUCGACAUAUAUUAUAUAUCGGAGAUGAAUGAGAUGAGGCACGUUUUGACAGCUUUGAGGUCGCCCGCGAAGAGCUCAACCUUGAGCAACAGCACUAUGGGCAUCGCGACGGCAACGUGGUACGACGUCCCGGCGCCAAUAAUCGUGCACUGCCGCGAAUUUCACGAGGAGGCGGCGAGACACGACGUCGCCGAAGACGAGGAGAGUAAGAAGUCCUGCGAGAAAGAGACGAAAAUCGGAUCCAUUGAUGAGAAUACGGGACUAGCUGGCUCCUUCGAGAAAGAGAUUCAUACAAAAGAUCUCGGAUCUUUGGAGAAGAACGCGAACAUCGAGUCAUCGAAGAAGGAUACGACGAUUGCAAGACCUUCGUCUUUCAAUGAGGCGUUGUACCAGAACAAGGAGGCUGUCCUAAACGACAGAAAUCGGAAGAGACACAGUACCACGGUGGAGCUGAACGCCACCACAAUGGUAAAGACGGAUGUCGAUGGAGUACCCACCAUCAGCUUCAGUUUCCUGCGGGUCGACGAGAAGUUUCACAAUGACGGGGACGAGAUCGUCAUUCUGGAGGUCGACACGAGCGAUCGGGUCGAGAACUCGCCGGAGAAUCAACUGUACGAUCUUCCUAAGAGCGCCGUCCCGAGUCGAGUCUCCUUGGAACAAUCCGACGACAAGCAAACGAGUGUCGAAUCCUCGUCGCCGGAUCUCCAGGUUCUCUACGACGUGCCGAAGCCGGCGAAGGAUGCGUCUUUGAAUAGCUCACAAGAGGUAGAGGCUGCGAUGACGCGGUCGAACGUUUCUUUCGAAAAGAGGAAACAGCCACGCGACCAGACGAAACGUUCCACCAGGUCGCUCAAGUCCGGCCGAAGGAGCUAUGGCGCGUCCGAUAGCGACGGCUACGACGCCGGUAUAGCAUCGAUGUCGGGGUCGUACUCGGAUCCCGAAUGCCCGAACGAGGAGGGCUCGGUGAGCGGCGGUUCCGAUCGCAGCAGACGGCUAAAGCUGCAGAAGCGGCGAUUGGGCAAAGCCUGGGGCAGGAUGCGUAGCUGGCUGCGAGAGGAGAGGACUAGGAUCGGCGAGGUCGUGAACCGUCACGCGAGGCUUCAGGCGGUCGGCGCUCUCAGUCCCGAGGUGCGAGGCAACGCCACUUUGCCGCAAACGUCCAAGAGCAAGCAGCGCGGCUUCUACGAUUUGACACGGGCUCGUACCCAAGAGUCCGGCUCGAUCACCAGGGUGGAAGAAUUCGGAUUGUCUUCGGUAUCAGAGGAAGUCAACGUCUCCGAUGACGCGGAGAGACCGACGUCGGCGUCGCCCGACUCGGGAAAGGCAAACAGCUCUCGAACAUUACAUAGCAACUUGAAGAGGAAGACGGUGAGUUCGGACGACAUCUUAGAGAACAGCAGGACGAAAUUGCAGCCGCCGGUGUCGUUCAGCAUGGACAAGCUGUGCUCGGACGUGGAGAACGACGAAACGAGAACAUCGCCGACGACGACGGCACCCGAGGUCGGCUGCGAAACGAGGGAUCACGGUGGGAAAGGUGGCCUGAUUAAGAGGAGAAUGCUCGGGUCAAUCAGAGGGUUAAUGGCCUCCACUCAUCUAUUGCAGACCUACGAGAUCGAGGAGGGAGGACAGGGCGGUUUCGAGGACGUAAGAAGGUAUAUCAAACAAGGAGGCGACUUUUGCAAAGAAUUGGCGUCGAUUCUUCACGAAAGAGCCGAGUUGGAAGCUACUUAUGCGAAGGGACUCAGCAAGCUCAGCAGCAAAUUGACAAAGGCUUGUGCCAAGGAUCAAGGUAAUAGCAACGGAGGCGUGAACGAGGCAUGGAGGUGUGUCGGCGAAGAGAUGGAGGCUGCCGCGGAAGCCCAUCGGCUGUGGGGCAUCGCGCUGAGCGAACAGCUCGCCAAACCGCUUAGAGUGGGUGUUGCGGAGACGCAAGGACGAUCGAGGAAGACCGUCGAAAAUUCGGUGGACAAGGCAUCCAAGUCGCUUCAGGAGUGGCGUGGAGUAGCGGCAAAGAGUAAGAAGCAGAGCUUCGCGAGCGCGCGAGAGAAUGAAAGGCUGCAGGACUUGGCGCGACUGCAGACCAUCAGUCAGAGUCAGCAGAGCAACAAUAAAUUGUCGAAUCACCACAUGACAGAGAAGGAAGCGACUAAGCUGGAAACCAGACGGCGGAAGGCCGAGGACUCGUCGCGUCGCGCAGACACGGAAUUUUACACAGUGAGCGUGAGGGCCGAGAGGGCCAGGCUGGAAUAUGAGAAUACCGUGAGGAAAGGUGCGAAGCAGAUGGAAUUACUCGAAGAAGAGCGACUGAGCGCCCUGAAGGACUUCGCCAAUGUGUACUUGACGCACUUGCAAGCGCUAGCACCGCGAUUACAACAGAGCGCCGAUCGCCUGCUAACGCCUGUACGUAGCUGCAACGUAUCGCAGGAUCUUGAAAUUCUGAAGAAUCUCGUACGUCGAAUAGACAAUAACGAAGCGACGAACGCAGAGCAAUUGUUGCCAGACUUUUACGCUGAACAUGUUACGUUGGCGAUGAAUCGCGAGCGACGGAAACAGGCGCUGGUGAGGGUGCUGCAUCUGAUUAGGCAAGAUCUGGAGAGGGAGAGGAGGGGUAGAGAAGGUUUAGAAACAUUACAUCGGGCCUUCAUCAAAACACCGGCGUUCGCGGCGGAUGAGAGCGCGCAAAAUGUGACGGAUAAGCUGCAUCAUAUGCGUUCCAUGUUGCUGUACUUGGAGGCGGCCAGAUAUAAGGUUGGUCGUACACUCGCGGAAGUAGAAGGCAGCAAACGAUCCAAACAUCCCUUGUCGGACCAUAUCCUAGUUUCGAGAGACAAGCAAGGUUUGCAGCAAAGUGUUCUUAAGAUUCCUUCUUGGGCAAAGAACGAAUCUUUUGAGAUUCAAGAUGAUGAUGACGAACUCGAGAUCCAUUUGGCGAAGGAUCAGGACGCCGAGACACGCGAUUGGGUCGAUCGGACGGCUGGCGAUGGCAACUCGGAGAAUCCGCCAGAUGAGGAUGACUUUAGUGAUUUCGACGAGUUUAGCAGUCACUCGGAGGACAACAACAAUCAGGAAGCGGUUGAUGGUGCGGAGGUAGUGACGACACCCAAGACCGAACGCGCGGAACAGUGUCGAGCGAUCUAUCAGUACUCGGCAAAUUUGAACGACGAGCUCAGUCUCAGUCCGGGUGACCUGAUAACCGUUCAUCAGAAGCAGGCAGACGGUUGGUGGAUAGGUGAAUGUGGAGGCCGCACUGGCAUAUUCCCGGCCACUUACGUGCAAGUUAUACAUUAACAGAUGCGAAAGACUUAUUAUACUGAAUAAUCGCUCAGUGUUAACUAUUCAUAAGUUUCACGCAAGUCCUCUUGCUUAAAUCUUCCAUUCGACUUCACUAAAGCAGAUAAGCGUAUUACAAUAUGCCAAUAUAGAGCGUUACAUGUGACGAUUAUUUUUUACGCGCAGAAGUCGAGCGUCUUUCGAAUAUAAGCUCAUACAAUAACAACGCACAUAAGAAUUAAUACCAAAUAGCAGUUACCAUCAUGUUUAAGGCAAGAUGCAUCUGCCUACUAGCGGAAAUAUUUUAAUCGCGUUGUUACUAUUUGCGUAUGUGACAUAUUUAGCAUUUUUAUUACUGUUAUAUAAAUAAUUACUCAUUUAUUUAUAUCGUUCUUAAAAGAUCGAUCUUUUAUAAAAUCUGGCAUUUUAUAAUUCAUCCCGUAUAUUAUAUCUUGUUAAUUGUCUACCUUGUUAAAGCUAAACAUAAAAUACAUUAACGAUUUAAUUAAAAAAUAUUAAAAAUUGAAACUAUAUUUCACUAGUAUGAAGUUGAUACGAAUAGCUGGCAUAAUUAUUAUUUGCCAUAAUGAUUAUAAUCACUUAUUUUGUAUUCCUUAUAUAAUUUUAUUUUUCAGAACUAUUGAUUACAAAACUCCAAACUCUUGGAAAAUAUUAUUUCUCACAAGCACAUAUGUGUGUAUCAUAUAUUUCAUUUUAAGAAUUAAGAUUAUCGAGUGUUUUUUGUAAUUUAUUAAGAAUUUGAAUACACAAAAUAAUCAACGUUUGUAACAGCAAACAACGAGAAGAUAAAGAAACAUGAAAAAUAUUACUUAUAUUAUGUACAUAUUACUUGUAUUGUGCAAAUACAUUCAAUUGUAAAUAUCUAAAUAUAAGAAGCUAUUUAAAUGUACUGAAUGAUAUACAGUAUGUGUUAAUAACGCAUUUAUCUACAGAUAAGUAAGUGUAUUAUUAAUCGAUCCCUUUACCUUAUCUUUAUACGAUCUUGUUGUAUUUCCAUCUCCUUGACGGUCGGUGCUGUUGGC